CCUUUUUAUGAUACGGAGCCCGGUCUCGUCGGAUGGGGGCCCACCCAUUUUCCCGUGUAACCUUAGUCACCUCUUUAACGGCUGAGUUUCAAAAGCUGCCACAUUCGGAGCUAUCGGGGGCUAGGGCUCCAAGACAGCUUCUUUUGGGGUCAAAAUUCAGCCGUAACAGGAGGGCCCCGAUGGGCAGCACCUCAAGGCUGUGGGAAGGACCCCCCAGGGCCAGGGCAUCACAGCAGCCUGUUUACUCACCAGUUUGUUUCUGGUGGAAAACCCCUCAAGAUGCAGAGAGGCUGCAGCCACCAGGGUCCCCAGAAGGCCUUGGGCAGUGGGGGCCUGUUUAUCUGGGAACCGGGGUGGGUAGUGAGGAGGCACCCUGCGGAGCCUCGGGCUGGUGGGGAACGACAGCUGGUGAGGGCAAGGGGAGGGCGCUCAGGAGGAAGCUGGCACGUGGCACGUUUGCCUGGUAGCCAGUCCACGUGGCCCCAGCCGUGGCUCCUGUUUGCCACAGGCAGCAAUGGCAGCAGACCAAGGCCGACCCAGCACUGGCCAGAGCUCAGCGGCUGGGGCGUCUCCCCUGCUGGGGCUGACGCAGCCCGGGAGGCCGUCUCUGCCUGAUUCCCGCACCUCCCAAGGUCAGCACCAAGAGGAGCUCCUUUCUCAUGCCAGAGGGUCCAGAAAGCUUUCAGGGCAUGAAUUUAAGGAAGAAUAAUGUCAGGCUCCAGAAUCAACAUGCACACCCCCCUGCGAAGCCCGUCAGGGCCACUCAGCUGCAAAUGGCAGAGGACAAGGCUGACACAGCGAGCGGGGGCAGGGCGGGUCAGGGUGAGCCAGGUCCCCGGCCUCUGACUCGGCCUCUGCGUCUCGGCCCCACUCUCCCCCGUGUGGACCCGUCCUGGUGGGCCCUGAAGCCGCACAGCUGAGGCGCCAGCUUCUCCUCCCAACAGCCGUAAAAGCGCAGGAGUCGGGUCCCUGUGACCAGGCCGUGCACAGCCCCCACCUUCCCACGGCGGAGCUGUGCCUGGGAGGCGCGGUGCCUGAGUGUGGGUCUGGCCAGAUGCCGCCUGGAUUUGGGAGACUCUUGAGACAACGCAGACAGAGCUUUCGGCCACCCCCAUGGGGCGUGUGCUGGACGUGCCGUCCCCACGGAGAGACGUGCUCUUGCUAACCAGACAUUCUUCUCUCAGGACUCACCGGCCCCUCGGAUACCACUUGGCCACGCCUGCUGCGUGGUUGAAGCCUGGAGGUCCCCACACGGAGGCACGGAGAUGCCCCUGCACCCGCUGGGGGACAAGCCCUUUGUCCGGGGGCCGCCACUCACCUUCCCCAGCCCCACUUCAGCCAUGGAAAACGGGUUUGACCACACCCCACCCGGCAGGAGGGCGUCCCUGGCUACGACCCUGAGUCCCGGCUCUCUGCACGCUGCUGCCCAUAGCCCCCUGGACACCAGCAGCCAGUCCCUCUGCCAGCCCCGGGCCGAGAAGCGCGGCGCUCGCGGGGCCCACGAGGCACGGUAUGUCUCGGCCAGGCAGAGCACGGUGUGCGGCUGGUGGGCCUUCACGCCGCGGUGCCUGCAGGUCCUCAACACGUCCAAGGGCAUCCUAUUCUUCCUUUGCGCGGCCGCCUUCCUGCAGGGCAUGACCGUGAACGGCGUCAUCAACACGGUCAUCACCUCCCUGGAGCGCCGCUACGACCUGCACAGCUACCAGAGCGGGCUCAUCGCCAGCUCCUACGACAUCGCGGCCUGCCUCUGCCUCACCUUCGUCAGCUACUUCGGGGGCUCCGGGCACAAGCCGCGCUGGCUGGGCUGGGGCGUGCUGGUCAUGGGCGUGGGCUCGCUGGUCUUCGCACUGCCGCACUUCACGGCGGGCCACUACGAGGUGGCGGCAGAUGCGGGAGUCAGGACAUGCCCCGCCGACCCCGGCGCAGUAUGUGCCGACAGCGCCUCGGGUCUGUCCCACUACCAGCUGGUCUUCAUGCUGGGCCAGUUCCUACACGGCGUGGGCGCCACACCCCUCUACACGCUGGGCGUCACCUACCUGGAUGAGAACGUCAAGUCCAGCUACUCGCCUGUCUACAUUGCCAUCUUCUACACGGCGGCCAUCCUGGGCCCCGCAGCUGGCUACCUGAUCGGGGGCGCUCUGCUGAACAUCUACACGGAUGUGGGCCAACGGACGGAGCUGACCACCGACAGUCCACUGUGGGUGGGCGCCUGGUGGGUUGGCUUCCUGGGCUCCGGGGCCGCCGCCUUCCUGAUCGCCAUGCCCAUCCUCGGCUACCCGAGGCAGCUGCCAGGCUCCCAGCGCUACGUGGUCGUGAGAGCGGCGGAAGUGCAGCAGCUGAAGGAUGGCAGCCGCGGGGCAGCCAGCAGCCCGGGCUUCGGGACCACCCUCAGAGACCUGCCUCUCUCCAUCUGGCUCCUCCUGAAGAACCCCACAUUCAUCCUGCUCUGCCUAGCUGGGGCCACUGAGGCUACACUCAUCACCGGCAUGUCCACAUUCAGCCCCAAGUUCCUGGAGUCCCAGUUCAGCCUGAGUGCCUCAGAGGCUGCUACCUUGUUUGGGUACCUGGUGGUGCCGGCGGGCGGUGGUGGCACCUUCUUGGGCGGCUUCUUUGUGAACAAGCUGAGGCUCCGGGGCUCCGCGGUGGUCAAGUUCUGCCUGCUCUGCACUCUCGUCAGCCUGCUGGGCAUCCUCGUCUUCUCCCUGCACUGCCCCGGCGUGCCCAUGGCGGGUGUCACGGCCAGCUACAGUGGGAGCCUCCUUCCCGAAGGCCACCUGAACCUAACAGCUCCUUGCAACGCAGCCUGCAGCUGCCGGCCAGAGCACUACAGCCCCGUGUGCGGCUCUGACGGCCACGGGUACUUCUCGCCGUGCCAUGCGGGGUGCCCUGCGGCUGCCUGGACCAGCGCGGAUGGCCAGGAGGUGUACCGAGACUGUAGCUGUGUCCCUCAGAACCUUUCCUCUGGUUUUGGCCAUGCCACUGCAGGGAAAUGCACCUCAACUUGUCAGAGAAAGCCCCUCCUUCUGGUUUUCAUAUUCGUUGUAAUUAUCUUUACAUUCCUCAGCAGCAUUCCUGCACUAACAGCGACUCUACGGUGUGUCUGUGACCCUCAGAGAUCUUUUGCCCUGGGAAUCCAGUGGAUUGUGGUUAGAAUACUAGGGGGCAUCCCGGGGCCCAUCGUCUUCGGCUGGGUGAUCGACAAGGCCUGUCUGCUGUGGCAGGACCAGUGUGGCCAGCAGGGCUCCUGCCUCGUGUACCAGAACUCCGCCAUGAGCCACUACAUACUCAUCAUAGGGCUCCUGUACAAGGUACUGGGUUUCCUCUUCUUUGCCACAGCCUACUUCCUAUAUAAGCCUCUGUCGGGGUCUUCAGAUGGCCUGGAAGCUUCUCUGCCCAGCCAGUCCUCGGCCUCCGACAAUGCCACAGAUACCCAGCUCCAGAGCGGCGUCUGACCACCACCCACGGCCAUGGACACGGUGGCCACUCAGCAUUUCCUGAGGAUGGAACAGUGCCCUUGGGCGACCCAGUCACAUGGAAACCAGUUUGACCUGUGGCUGAAACUCUGCUGUGACCUUCUGUCCUGGAGCUUUGCAGCCCUGCGGUGGGUGGGAGCACCUUGCAUAAACUGAUAUUUAUGGACACAUUUUGCAUCAGAAUGUAUUUAUCGAAUGUGUUUUAUACCUGAUUGUGUGUGGUGUGCAUGAGGGCAAGCCCCGCGGGGGCCGUGAAUCCCAUGGGGAGGAUGUGGGCCUGCAGCCUGAGGAAGGCUCGUAUGUCCUCAGUUAAAACUGUGCAGCUGUAAAUAUAUUUUGUACUUAAGCCUG